CGGCACCUGUGCAUCUGCCCUGGACGCGCCGCGGAGAACGCAGCUGAACGCAACACGUUAGUGAACGACAGAGAGCGCACGGAAGAUCCGCGCCGGGGGUCAGGCGGGCAUGUUUUCCAUCGUGGCACAUACCCAGAGUACGAGCUCGUUUAAAGACGCGACGACGCCUUUCCAGUAAGUGUUUGCGUGCGUUCUGAGUACCGCGCGUCACCGGUUGCGCGGAGAACCGAGCAGCGGCCGAGAGCGCAGAGCGCAGCGGGAGGAGAGUGCACACACGCCGGGCUCUACGCCCUGCCAAACAUGGCUGAUCGUCGUCGGGUGCGGGGCGCUGCCGGGAUCUCCAGAAAGACGCUCGAUGCUCCCCAUUGAAGAAGCAGAAGAUGAUGAUGGUGAUGAGAAGCUGCUCUCCACAAUAAUGACCUAUCAACUAGCGGCUCCGUCCUCGGUUCGGAACAUGGAUGUGAUCAUCCCCUACACCAGUGAUGUACCCUGUGACCCCAGAGGCCAGAGGAUGUGGUGGGCUUUCCUCGCCUCCUCCAUGGUCACUUUCUUCGGGGGUCUCUUCAUCAUCCUGUUGUGGAGGACCCUUAAGUACCUGUGGAUGGUGUGCUGCCACUGCAAGGGUAAAAAGAAGGAUGCGCAGCGGAUCAGUAAAGCGUUGGGUCAGCGGGAGGUGGAGGCGGUGGUCAGCGAGGUGGGAUGGAUGACCUCGGUGAAGGACUGGGCCGGGGUCAUGAUCUCUGCUCAGACGCUCACGGGACGCGUGCUGGUGGUGCUUGUCUUUGCUCUGAGCAUCGGAGCACUUGUGAUUUACUUCACCGACUCCACAAAACCCAUCGAAUCCUGUCAGCAUUUCUACAAGGACUACUGGCUGCAGAUCGAUAUGGCCUUCAAUGUGUUUUUCCUCUUGUACUUUGGACUGCGUUUCAUCGCAGCCAAUGAUAAGCUGUGGUUCUGGCUGGAGGUGAAUUCAGUGGUGGAUUUCUUCACCGUCCCGCCUGUGUUUGUGUCCGUGUAUCUGAACAGGAGCUGGCUGGGAUUGAGGUUCUUAAGAGCCUUGAGGCUGAUCCAGUUUUCAGAAAUAUUACAGUUUUUAAAUAUCUUAAAAACAAGCAACUCCAUAAAGUUGGUGAAUUUGUGCUCAAUCUUUAUAAGCACAUGGCUGACGGCAGCGGGCUUCAUACAUUUGGUGGAAAACUCAGGGGAUCCUUGGGAAAACUUCCAAAAUUCCCAACCGCUUUCCUACUGGGAGUGUGUGUACUUACUCAUGGUAACCAUGUCCACAGUGGGUUAUGGAGAUGUUUGUGCUAAAACAACCCUCGGACGCCUUUUCAUGGUCUUCUUCAUUCUCGGAGGAUUGGCCAUGUUUGCCAGCUACGUUCCUGAAAUCAUAGAGUUAAUAGGAAACCGCAAGAAAUAUGGUGGUUCCUAUAGUGCAGUAAAUGGGAGAAAGCAUAUAGUCGUCUGCGGUCACAUCACGCUGGAGAGCGUCUCCAACUUCCUCAAAGACUUCCUACACAAGGACAGGGAUGAUGUCAAUGUAGAAAUAGUUUUUCUCCAUAAUAUUUCCCCUAAUCUUGAGCUGGAAGCCUUAUUCAAGAGACACUUCACACAGGUGGAGUUUUACCAGGGAUCCGUCCUCAACCCUCACGAUCUCGCUCGAGUCAAGAUUGAGUCGGCCGAUGCCUGUCUGAUCUUAGCCAAUAAAUACUGUGCAGAUCCUGACGCUGAAGAUGCAUCCAAUAUCAUGAGGGUGAUAUCCAUUAAAAACUACCAUCCAAAGAUCCGAAUCAUUACACAGAUGCUGCAGUACCACAAUAAGGCUCAUCUUCUCAACAUCCCGAGCUGGAACUGGAAGGAAGGCGAUGACGCCAUCUGCCUCGCCGAGCUGAAGCUGGGCUUCAUCGCCCAGAGCUGCCUGGCACAGGGUCUGUCCACCAUGCUGGCUAACCUCUUCUCCAUGAGGUCCUACAUCAAGAUUGAAGAAGACACGUGGCAGAAGUAUUAUUUAGAGGGAGUAGCCAAUGAAAUGUACACGGAGUAUCUGUCCAGUGCUUUCGUGGGUUUGUCCUUCCCCACCAUUUGUGAGCUCUGCUACGUGAAACUGAAACUCCUGCUGAUCGCGAUUGAAUAUAAAUCAGACCAGAGAGAGUGCAGCACGCUGAUUAACCCGGGCAAUCAUGUGAAGAUGCAGGAGGGAACACUGGGCUUCUUCAUCGCCAGUGAUGCCAAAGAGGUGAAGAGGGCACUUUUCUACUGUAAAGCUUGUCAUGAUGACAUUACAGACCCAAAACGGAUCAAAAAGUGUGGAUGCAAACGGAUGUUGUAUUCCAAGAAGUCCGCCUACAAGAGAAUGCGUCUGGCAUGUUGUGUAGCUUGCGGUGGGGCAGAACAUGGCUGCUCGUGCAUGUCAGACAGUGUGGCUAGUAACACGAAGGUUCUGCACCAUGGCUUCCCCUUCUCUCCCGUGUCUCUGUAUGAUAACACGACCACUUUACGCUCGUCUAAAAGUAACUAUAACGGAUACAUCAAAUCAAUAGUAGAGGAGGAGCAGCAGUCGGCUCUGUCGCCCAAGAAAAAACAGCGUAACGGAGGGAUGAGAACGUCGCCCACAUGCUCACCCAAAAUCAUCAGGUGUGCCAGACUAGUGUUUGUGACUAGUUUUAUGGUCUGUAGAGGUCAGUCAUUGAUUUAUUGGCCUGUAUUUCUCCCUCAGACUCGCAGUGAGGCAGCGAUGACGGUUUUGAGCGGUCACGUGGUGGUUUGUAUAUUCGGCGAUGUAAAGUCGGCUCUGAUCGGUCUGCGGAACCUGGUGAUGCCUCUGAGAGCCAGUAACUUCCACUAUCACGAGCUGAAGCCCAUCGUGUUCGUGGGCUCUCUGGAGUAUCUGAAGAGAGAGUGGGAGACGCUACACAACUUCCCCAAGGUCUCCAUCUUACCCGGAACUCCACUGAGUCGGGCCGAUCUGAGAGCCGUCAACAUCAACUUGUGUGACAUGUGCGUCAUCCUUUCAGCCAAUCAGAACAACAUCGACGACGCCUCUCUGCAGGAUAAGGAGUGUAUUCUGGCAUCUCUCAACAUCAAGUCCAUGCAGUUUGAUGACAGUAUUGGACUCCUGCAGGCCAACUCUCAAGGCUUCACUCCUCCUGGAAUGGAUCGCUCGUCUCCGGAGAACAGUCCCGUACAUGGAUUGGUGCGGCAGGUGUCCAUAACCACCGGAGCAAACAUUCCCAUCAUCACAGAGCUCGCUAAAACAGACAAGUUGCUGCCCCUGGUUUCUCUGAGCCAGGACAAGAGCAGCGGGAACAACAUCCCAAUGAUAACUGAGCUGGUGAACGACUCAAACGUCCAGUUUCUGGACCAGGAUGACGACGACGACCCCGACACCGAGCUGUACCUCACGCAGCCGUUCGCCUGUGGGACAGCGUUUGCCGUCAGCGUGCUGGAUUCAUUAAUGAGUGCUACCUACUUUAAUGACAAUAUUCUGACUCUGAUCCGGACGCUGGUGACCGGCGGAGCCACGCCGGAGCUGGAGGGUCUGCUGGCAGAGGAGAAUGCGCUGCGUGGAGGAUACAGCACACCGCAAACGCUGGCCAAUCGAGACCGCUGCCGCGUCGCACAGCUAGCGCUUUACGACGGACCCUUCGCCGAUCUGGGGGAUGGGGGCUGUUAUGGUGAUUUAUUCUGUAAAGCACUGAAGACGUACAACAUGUUGUGUUUUGGAAUCUACCGAUUAAGAGACGCACAUCUGGGAGCACCCAGCCAGUGCACCAAGCGAUACGUGAUCACGAACCCUCCCUACAACUUCGAGCUGGUGCCUACAGAUCUGAUCUUCUGCCUGAUGCAAUUCGACCACAACGCCGGCCAGACGCGCACCAACCUGUCCUCCCACUCCACCUUCUGUCCCAGCAAGAAGAGCCCAUCCGCGCACUCCAUCCCCUCAUCCGCCCGGCCGGGCCGCAGCCGGAGCCGCGACCUGCGCGACAAACAGAAGUACGUUCCUCUGUAAGCGUCUGUGGCGUUGAGCUGUGCCUGUGUGCACACGUGUGUGUGUGUGACGCCUGACGCCACGGACUCAUCCUUACGCUUCGGUAUCACAAACGCAAAUCCCGGACUUUAUUUUUUUACACGUAUCGAAUGUUUGCCUCGUACAUCAUCUUUAACAUACCAGAAGUUACAUCUGUAUAAAGCACCGGCCAGCGUUUACACGACAAACCAUGGUUUUGUUGAGGAUCAGUACGUCUUACACGGGUAACACUGUGUUGGGUUAAUGAAUCAGUUUUACCAUUUUGCACUUUAACUGCACUUUAAUCCUACAGUUUGACAACAGCGACCUGACGAACGCGCGUGUGCUUCAUCAUCGCAUCACGCCUCUGUGCUUCUACAUCCUGAUAUUCCUGAUAUAACACGGCUGCUGUCUCAUGUUACCCACCUACAGUGGCUCCAAACGUCUGACGGCUUGCAUUUUUAGUUAAUAAAAAAUACAUUAAAUUAUUACUAGUUAAUACAUUUACAUUUAA